UGUGGGGUUAACAGUUGGACUUGAAGGUCUUGAAGGUCUUUUCCAACCUAAAGAGUUCUGUGAUUUCGUAAGAUAAACCCACCUCAUUUUAGCAGAGGUUUAAUGGACAUAGGGUGUGUGCUUCCACUCCCUUUUUUUCCUCUGGACUGCAGCCAGUUCACUGCAGUGUGGGGCAGUGCUGAAGGCACCACAGUGCUACCUUUGUUUUGAAUCAUGUUGGCCAGUGGCUCACAGAGCUGAAGGUGCUGCUUAGAGGGGGUUGCAGCCAUCUCCCCUCCCCCUGGGAAGAGCCUGGCCUUCCCCAAGUGCCCAAAGUGUAUAAUAUGACUGAUCUCAAGCAGAGAUAACAUAAUUGCAUUUUAUUCCUUCAUGGGAUUUCUCAUGUUCUCCUUUCUCCUUCAUGGAUGCUAGCAUGCCAUGCUUUUGCUCCUGUUGUCAUGGCAAAUCCAUGUGUCAGGAGGAAAAGUAACUGUUGUUCAUGGAUUAUAUUACAUUACAUUACAAGGAUAUUUCAUAAGUGUGUCCAGUGACAAGGUAAUAAGCUGUGCAGUGUUUAUGGUAGCUCAUGCGUUUCCCCUGUUAAAAAUCUUAAUAUGUCAGCUUUGUCCUCAUGGAAAUAGCAAAAUAACUCAAACAUCCUCAAGUAAAGCAUCGAUGUGUUCCUCAUGUUUAGCUCGAGCGUUGGUUCAUUUUGAGAAUUUAGGGAACAUAGAAGUGAUGGUACCUUUGUAUGCUGCUCUCCAGCCUGCACACCCAGAGACAGCUGCAUUGAACUGAGCGCAGAGUUCUUCUGGAGAGAAAUGCUUGCUAACAAGGCAGUCAGAACAAACCUUGUGUAGUCAGUGAAGGCUUGCAGCAUCUGGCAGGAUACCAGGAUCCAAAUACUCCUUUUUUUAAAGACUUGAUUUCUUGUUAUGUGUUAAAGUGACUCCUGGAAUGAUUCUGGAAGAGAAAAAGCCUUCAGCAAGGAUUUGCAUCUAGAUUAGAUUUUUUUUUCCCUGGCUGAACUUGCAUUAACUUCAUUGUCACUUUGCACAUCAGUGCUACAAAAAAGAAUGACCCCAAUGCAGGCAACCUGAGAGGAAUAAGAGAUCUUUACAGGGCACAAGUGACUGCAGAGCACCCAAGUCUGGAGCACUGGAAUGGGACAGGAGCCCCCACACCCUGGGUGGAGAGGAGGAGUGAAGGACCCUGGCAGGAGGUGCAGAGGCACUCUGGGGACAGCCCACAGAAUGAGGUGGGCGAAUGUCCAGAACUCCAGGCCUGAGUGUGGGUUUGGGGUGGCAAAAGGCAGGGAAUGGAGGAAGAGGAAGCCUGUGGGAGAGGUGCAAGGAGGGCGAUUCUCUUACUUGGUUCUCGGCAUUCGUCUAAGUGGGCAGUGAUUUGCUCUUUGGUAGUAAAUAGCAAUUUCCGUUCAUUUCCACCCACUGUAGAGAGAGGUAGGGAGGCUUCCCCCUGAGCUACAGCUGCUGUCCACGUGUUCUGCUCUGACCUUGUUCCCAUCUUGGGAGGAAACAGUUUCUGUCCUUCUUGGGCCCCUCGGAUACCUUGAAAGCUGAGUAUGGAAGGAAACAUGAAGAUUGAGCUUUCUGAGGGAAACCUUGCAGAAGCAUAGGUAGGCUUUUCUCCUAGCACUUGGAGUUCAAUAUAUGCUGGAUAAUAUUUGAAAUGAGCAUUUCUGUGUGCUACCCUCAAGCAACACAUGUAGGGAGCCACAACUGUGGAGCCCUUUUUCUUGGCUGCCAUUGAAUUGAGGUGCUUGGUCUCUGAGGGUUCACUUCUUAAUACUGGUAGUGAUUUUCUGAUGUUAAAGAUCAGUUACCCAAUCAAGUGGAAGUAGCCAAACUGUGUGGAAGAAGAGAGUCUGAGAAAAUAUUUCUUAUGUCAACCCUAUUCUAUGAGGGAGUAGUUAGAUAAGAAAGAUGUUAAAAAAAAAGAAAAUUUUUUUCUGGACCAAUGGCCUGAAAGUUCUAUAAAAUUUAAACUUGUUUUCUUUUAAGCAGCCAUCAAUCAAUCUCACAGAGAAUUUGUUUAGCCUACGUAAGGGCACGUGCUGCCUUUGGUGUGGUAGUUCAGCUGAGAUGCUCAAUGCUGGGACUUCAACCUGAAGCACAGAUGCAACUUCUAUUAUAGCAUAUUAAUUAAGCUCUUAUUAUAGACAUUGGUAUUUACAGUGCUCCUUCCUCCAGAUCAAAAAACACUCUCUCCUUUCCUACCCACAAAAUGAAGCAACAAAAGUGAAAACAAAAUGUUCACCACGAUGAAAAUGCUCGCUAACAGGCUGCGUGCUCACUGCUGACAGCAGCACAGCCAGCUGUGAGGUGGAGCUGAGGACAUGUUAGGGAGGAUUUCUGCACCUCAGCAGCUAGGGAUCAGUGCAGGUGAAGAAACUUUGAGUCAGUGUUUGGAAACUUUGAGUUAAUGCUUUGAAAAUGGGCGUCAUUGUAUGCACUCCCAAAAAGGGACCAGGUGAAAGCUUCUGAGAGAUUUUGGAGCAAAUGGAUGUGACGGUGUGAUGAUUAGGUUUGUGCAUUGUGAAGCUUGAAAAUGUUUGGGUUUUUUGGGUUUUUUUUGAGAACUAGGUAAUCAUAAAAAUGGAAGAUAGGUACUAUAGGUCUUAUUCCAAAUUAGAAUAUGAGAAAGAAUAUGUGCUUCAGCAGCAAGUCCAAACUGAAUCAUCAAAUACACUUGUGUUCUCCAGUCACAGUGGCUCCAGGAGGUUCUCUCUAUGGAUCUCUGUCUAACACUCUGGAGGAAAAAGCUGAUUGUUAUGUUGCUUACUAAGUGCAGCAAAGACACAUGAAAGUUUGGAGUAGUUAACAUAGUGAGAGUUUUUUGUUUUUAUUGUGCUCUUUGCAGAGGGGUUUUAAAUCGGGGAAAAUGAUCCACUGCAAAAUCUUGAGAGUUGAAGUGACAUGCAGAAUCUUCCUGCUGUCAGCUCAGCCUGUUUGUGCAUAUGCUGAGUGUGGCAUAUUUAACUGCAGGUUAGCUCGGGAGCUUGCAAGCUUUGAGGUUUUUUGGGUUUGCUUCAUUUUGGUUUGGUUUUUUUUUUUUUUUUACUGUUUGGUAGCAAAAUAUUAAGAUGAAAGUAUUAAAAUAGCAGAAAGGUUUUACACUUAAAAUCUGUCAUCCAAUCUUUCUACCACUUUACAUCACUUUGUGCAAUUCCUGUGGGCUAGCUGGUAGUGCGCCAAGUUGAAUUUGAUUUCUGCUUUGGUUUGAAGCAAGAAAGGAUGAAGAUUGUGAACUUGAAAGGAAAGGAAAUGUGCAAGGAUAGAAUUUCUAAUGUCGGAAAUUCUGUAUUCAGAGUGGUAAUUAAAUCACAAAGUGCACUAUUGCCAGGAACUCAAGCUUAGAGUAAUUUGCAAACCUUGUAGAGAAAAGGGAAUGACCACAAUUGCUCUUUAGAUCUUUUUUUUUUUUUUCUUUCUUGAAUAGAAGAGGAAGUGAGGAACACUUAUUUCUACAAAGAAGAACCUGAUCAGGGGAGGUGGCCAAAAGCAAGACAGUGUCUGUACACUCUAAAUAGCACAUUCUCUUUCUGUCUGAUUUUAUGUGUAUGCUGUUCUUGGGUUUUUUUGUUAUUCUGCUGCUUAAGUUACUUUGGCUAUUUCUAUCUGAACCAAACUGUAAUGUUUUUUCCCCUCUUUCGGUAGCUGCUUCAUGACAGAAUAAAAACUGGAUGCGAGUUGUGAUUGAUGUGUGCUUUUGCAGCUUGUAGCACUAUGAGAAACGCAGGUGCAGCUGAUGAUGUUUGCUAGAAGUAGAUUGAAAAAGCAAGAAAAUGAAAUUUCACUUCUGCACAGAAAACCUGUUGUAAAACUGUGGGGCAGGAAGCAAUUCCGGAAGCAAAAACUCCAUUUGUUUCUGCGGGACAAAAUGAAGAGGCUUCUUCAAGGCCAGGUGGAUGAUAAUUCAAACCACGCACAUCGCUGCCAGCUAUCCCCAGUGGAGAUUGAAACAGACGUGUUUGUUUGUGGAAUAAAGAGGAGCCCUGGGAGCACUGAAUUUUCCACAGCUGGAGGGGACUUUCAUCAGGAUGGAGGACGUGAUUCCAAAGGAGUGAGUGAAGUUUGUGUUGGUGAGGUGGAACUGAACUGGGAUGGCUAUGUGAAAAUACCAUGUUCGGUUCAACAGAAAAAGAAGGACUCGCAGGGAAGUUCUUCUGAUGGUAUCACACAGACCUCGUCUGAAAUAAAGAGCAGAGUCUCUGAGGGGCAGGACCUUUCUUCCCUGAGCAUUACCAUGAGCUGGAGGGAUGCAGCUGAAAGGCAAGGGUGCUUUCCCCAGGAAAAGCCCGCUGCAUACAAGAGCCGUAGAAGGCAAUCAAGAGAUCGCUCAGCUGAUGUGGUUGAUUACAUUGUUAAAGAGCUCCAGGGAAUAAGUCGAAUCCAGACGGAGAUCGCAGAGCUCCGUCAGCACCUCACCUUGAUAAAAGGCUCUGUGGAUGAAGUCUCCAGCUGCGUGGAUACAGUCUUGAGUGAGAUAGAAGGCCUACAAGGAGGUUCCAGUGGCAAAACCCAGGGUACACACGCUCGAGAGCCAAGAAAGGAGGUACAAAAGGAAGAACCAGUACUGUAUUUUUAUGGCAUCCCAGAGAAAGAUGGUGAAAACACAGUAGAGCUUAUCUGCAGCUUCUUGUCUGAGUAUCACUGCUUCAAUGGUAUUCAGUGCAGUAAGUAUAUAAAAGAUGCUUAUAGAUCAGAUGUGGGUACAGGCAAGCCAUUAAUACCAAGACCAGCAGUUGUGAAACUUGUCAGUUGUGAACAGAGAGACUUUAUUUUACAGAAGUCUAUCCUUCUACAGAGCUCAGGGGUCUGGAUUGCUACCAGUGAGGAGCAAAAGCGGCAGAAUGGCCAGAAAACAGAUUCGGUCUCUUUGCAGUCUGGCUUCAAGAAAAAUCAUCACAACUCGGUGAAUCCUGAUGGAGGUCAGAGAACUGAUGCAGUUGAGCAACUCCAAGUGGACUCAUGCCAGGUUAAGUAUAAAAGCACGAGUAGGAAAGCACAAUACACAGGACAGAGACCUGAUUCUGCGCAGAAAUCAGCCAAGGAAAGCAACUCGGUAUCUGAGACUGGAAAGGAAACACAAAUAAUAAACUGCGGUGAGCAGCCUUCAGAUGACAGUGACAUUCACCAGGUCCUUCGUGAACCUCUGCAAAAUCCACAGGGGACCAAUUUGGCCAAAUCAGGUGAUGGAAAUCACUGCUGCUCAUCUGACUCUUCUGGCCGUGCAAACCAGAUGUGUGCUUCAAAUAAUGGUGGUGAACACAGGCUUGACACUGAAAAUGUCACUGAAAAUUGCUCUUCCCUUCUAGAAAAAGAUGAGGGCAUAACCACAGAAGAAAUUGAAAUAGACUGUGAUACUUCAUGCAAACUAACCAGUGCAGAGAAAGUUGAUAUUCAAAGAGAAGAUGUUUCUAGUGGGGUGACAACCAUUAGCUAUGAUCAUACAACAGAUGAAAUGGCUGAUAGUAGUGACAGCUUGAAAGAUAUGAUCCAAAUGGACCUGAAUGAUCAAGAUCCAACUGAUCAGGUCUUUAGGGAUGUCCUGGAAAAUUCUCAGUAUUUUCUUGACCAUUCCCGGGAUAACAUUGAUCUUGUAGACAUGAAGUUUUACACUAAUAAGCUUGGGAAAGCUAUUCACCACUUCAGGUCUGCUCUGCAGGUGGUAUUUCAUAAACUGGAAACAAGUGAUUCUGAAAUCCUUUUGGAAAAUGAUAGUGGCUUACAGAUGGAUGAUGACAACACACUUAUGCUGACCAGUUCAGGUAUGGGUGGCAGCUCUGACAACUUUGCAGAAACCCCUCCUAGUCAGUCCUCUGAGAGCCAGGCAAACACAAAUGUCAACAGCGAAGCAUCUGCUCAGGUGCAAUUUGCUCCUUCCAGUCUUUCCUCUGUUCCUCAUGAGCCUCCUGUUUCCAGUUUGGUGCCAUCAUCUGACUGUGAAAUCCCUACUGGGCAAUGCUUACCUCCUGAGGAGCUUGGAGAAGAUGUGAACACCCUACCUGAGCCGGCAAAGGAGUGCAGACCCAUGAGCCUUGACAAGGUGUGCGCAGAGACCAUCUACCUGAACAAGUGCAUCAACAAUUUCAAAAAUGUGCUGAGGGAAAAGAGACAAAUGCGUAGGAGACUCUUAAAAGAAUUAGCACAGGAAGGAAACUGGAUUUCUGCUGAGGAGACAAAUUCAGAAGGAGGUAGAGGAGAGCUCCAGGGCCAAGAUGUGGCUGAUCCAUCAAAACCACCCUGGCUCAAAGGAGGGCCUGCAGGUGGUCUCUAUGGCAUUGACAGCAUGCCCGAUCUACGCAAAAAAAAGCCAAUUCCACUUGUCAGUGAUCUGGCCAUGUCACUGGUUCAAUCCCGGAAAGCCGGAAUUACCUCAGCAAUGGCCACUAGAACAUCUCUCAAAGAUGAAGAGCUGAAAUCUCAUGUCUAUAAGAAGACCUUGCAAGCCUUAAUUUACCCCAUCUCUUGUACAACCCCACACAACUUUGAGGUGUGGACAGCCACAACUCCUACAUACUGCUACGAAUGUGAGGGGCUGCUGUGGGGUAUUGCACGGCAGGGAAUGCGCUGUGGGGAAUGUGGAGUCAAGUGCCAUGAGAAGUGCCAAGACUUGCUCAACGCUGACUGCUUACAGAGAGCAGCGGAGAAGAGCUCGAAGCACGGAGCUGAAGACCGAACCCAGAAUUUCAUCAUGGCAAUGAAGGAUCGCAUGAAAAUCCGGGAGCGGAACAAGCCAGAGAUCUUUGACUUGAUCAGAGACGUGUUUUGUGAGAGCAAAAUGACACAUGCGCAGCAGAUGAAGACAGUGAAGCAGAGUGUGCUCGAUGGCACCUCAAAAUGGUCAGCAAAGAUCACGAUCACCGUGGUGUGUGCUCAGGGUCUGCAGGCCAAAGACAAGACUGGGUCCAGUGAUCCGUAUGUAACCGUUCAAGUGGGUAAAACAAAGAAGAGGACAAAAACGAUUUUUGGGAAUCUGAACCCUGUAUGGGAAGAGAAGUUUUACUUUGAGUGCCAUAAUUCCUCUGACCGGAUCAAGGUGCGAGUGUGGGAUGAAGAUGAUGACAUCAAGUCUCGUGUCAAGCAGAGACUCAAACGCGAGUCAGAUGAUUUCCUGGGGCAGACAAUCAUUGAAGUUCGUACUCUGAGCGGAGAAAUGGAUGUGUGGUACAACCUUGAGAAAAGAACAGAUAAGUCUGCAGUGUCCGGGGCUAUUCGUCUGCAGAUCAGUGUGGAGAUCAAAGGCGAGGAGAAGGUGGCUCCAUAUCAUAUUCAGUACACUUGCCUUCACGAGAACCUCUUUCACCAUCUCACAGAUGUGCAAGGGAAUGGGGUGGUGAAGAUCCCUGAUGCCAAAGGAGAUGAUGCCUGGAAGGUGUAUUUUGACGAGACAGCGCAAGAGAUCGUGGAUGAGUUUGCAAUGCGUUACGGCAUUGAAUCAAUAUACCAGGCCAUGACGCAUUUUGCAUGUCUCUCUUCUAAAUACAUGUGCCCAGGCGUGCCAGCUGUGAUGAGCACCUUACUUGCCAAUAUCAAUGCUUAUUAUGCACACACCACUGCCUCCACAAACGUGUCUGCUUCGGACCGCUUUGCAGCCUCCAAUUUUGGGAAAGAACGAUUUGUGAAGCUUCUGGACCAACUUCAUAAUUCACUUCGGAUUGAUCUCUCAAUGUACAGGAAUAACUUCCCAGCCAGCAGCCGUGAACGCCUGCAGGACCUGAAGUCUACAGUGGAUUUGCUGACCAGCAUCACCUUUUUCAGGAUGAAGGUCCAAGAGCUGCAGAGCCCACCCCGAGCCAGCCAGGUAGUGAAGGACUGUGUAAAAGCUUGUCUCAACUCCACCUACGAGUACAUUUUCAACAACUGUCAUGAGCUGUACAGUCGCGAGUACCAGACAGAUCCUAACAAAAGUCAGGACCUUCCUCCUGAGGAACAGGGCCCCAGCAUCAGGAACCUUGAUUUCUGGCCCAAGCUCAUCACUUUGAUAGUUUCCAUCAUAGAAGAGGACAAGAAUUCCUAUACCCCAGUCCUGAAUCAAUUUCCUCAGGAGCUUGCAGUUGGGAAGAUCAGCGCAGAGGUGAUGUGGAGUCUUUUUGCCCAGGAUAUGAAAUACGCCAUGGAAGAGCAUGAGAAACACAGACUGUGUAAAAGUGCGGACUAUAUGAAUUUACACUUCAAAGUGAAGUGGCUGUACAAUGAAUAUGUUCGUGAUCUGCCUGCCUUCCAGGGAAAAGUGCCUGAAUAUCCAGCGUGGUUUGAGCAAUUUGUGAUGCAGUGGCUGGAUGAAAAUGAAGAUGUUUCCUUAGAAUUCCUGCAUGGUGCUCUGGAGAGAGAUAAAAAAGAUGGGUUCCAGCAAACGUCCGAGCAUGCUCUGUUCUCUUGCUCAGUGGUGGACGUCUUCACCCAGCUCAAUCAGAGCUUUGAGAUCAUUAAGAAGUUGGAGUGCCCAGACCCUGUCAUUGUUGCUCAUUAUAAUAGGAGGUUUGCUAAGACUAUUGGGAAAGUGCUGAUGCAGUAUGCUGACAUACUGUCCAAGAGCUUUGAGUCCUACUGUUCCAAGGAGAAACUGCCCUGUAUCCUGAUGAAUAAUAUCCAACAACUGCGGGUGCAGCUAGAGAAGAUGUUUGAAGCUAUGGGUGGUAAAGAGUUGGAUGCAGAAGCAAGUGACCAUCUCAAAGAGCUCCAGGUGAAGCUGAACAAUGUUUUGGAUGAGCUGAGUGCAGUGUUUGGCAACAGCUUUCAGACUCGUAUUGAUGAGUGCGUCAAGCAAAUGUCUGAUAUCCUCUGUCAGGUGAAAGGGACAGCAAAUUCUGCUGCUAAUGCCAGAAACACAGUUGCACAAGAUGCAGAUAAUGUCCUGAGGCCAUUGAUGGAUUUCCUGGAUGGAAACCUGACUCUGUUUGCAACAGUGUGUGAAAAGACAGUGUUGAAACGGGUGCUGAAAGAGCUCUGGAGGGUGGUAAUGAAUACCAUGGAGAAGCUGAUUGUGCUGCCUCCUCUUACAGACCAUACGGGCACACAGUUGAUUUUCAGUGCUGCUAAGGAACUGGGACACUUGUCAAAGCUGAAGGAUCAUAUGGUGAGAGAAGAAACUAGGAGUCUCACUCCAAAGCAGUGUGCUGUUCUGGACCUGGCACUGGAUACAAUCAAACAAUAUUUCCAUGCUGGUGGGAAUGGCCUGAAGAAAACCUUCUUGGAGAAGAGUCCAGACCUGCAGUCACUUCGAUAUGCUCUCUCUCUCUACACUCAGACCACAGACACACUCAUCAAAACCUUUGUCCAGAGUCAGACAGCUCAGGUGCAUGAUGGGAAAGGUAUAAGGUUUACCGCUAAUGAGGACGUUCUUCCUGAUAAGGGCUCCGGUGUGGAUGAUCCUGUGGGUGAAGUGUCCAUACAGAUCGACCUGUACACGCACCCAGGGACUGGUGAACACAAGGUCACGGUGAAAGUUGUGGCAGCCAACGACCUGAAGUGGCAGACGUCUGGCAUGUUCCGUCCAUUUGUUGAAAUCACCAUGAUUGGGCCCCAUCAGAGUGACAAGAAGAGGAAGUUCACAACCAAGUCAAAGAGCAACAACUGGGCUCCAAAAUACAAUGAAACCUUUCACUUCAUCCUGGGGAAUGAAGAUGGCCCCGAUGCCUAUGAGCUCCAAGUCUGUGUGAAGGAUUACUGCUUCGCUCGGGAGGACCGGGUACUGGGGAUAGCAGUGAUGCAGCUCAGAGACAUAGCAGACAAAGGAAGCUGUGCUUGCUGGUGCCCCCUUGGGCGCAGGAUUCACAUGGAUGAGACUGGACUUACAAUCUUGAGGAUUCUGUCUCAGAGAACCAAUGAUGAAGUUGCCAGAGAAUUUGUAAAGUUGAAAUCUGAAUCCCGCUCCACAGAGGAAGGCACCUGAGCUGUGUAAUAUUCCCUUUUCUCUUCUGCCUUGUGCCAAUAUGUGCAAGUGUUCAACAAUUCUCUUUUAUUAAUUGCAAAAGGUUUUUUUUCAUGUUGUCUUUGUCAGCUCCGAUAGCGCACGUGUGCUAUAUAGGAAACAAAUCCAUCAAUCUGAUGUGAAUUAUUUAUUUUUUAGUAGCUGGGUAAGACACCAUAGAGAAUGAGACAAUCUCUUAUUUAAGAUGCAAAUUCUGCUUUGUGUAUAUAAAUUAUUUUAUAUUGGAGGCUGGAGUUGCUGGGUUUUGUUGAUAUGCAGCACUGUGAUUUUAUCCUCUGAAGUUGGCAGGCAUUAAAAAGGUUCUACAUAAUCACACUACGAUGCGAACACGCAACUGUGUGGAAAUUGGGAGGAGAUGAUUUGGGGGCUUGACAAAGCACAGUUAUCUCUCAUUGAAUUCAUGUACUGUGGAGCUGCCCGGGGAUCUUCUGUCACAGGUUAUGCCAACAUGAUAUGCAGACACCUCAACAUCUGCUUAAAAAGGAAGUGGCAGAUCGCUCUGGAGAUGCACACUGGAUGAAUGUAUGUCCACGGGUGUGCUGCUCUGAGCAUGGGAGACAAGUGCAGAGGGGCCUAAGAUCUCAUAGCCAAAAGCUGCGAAGGCAACACACCAGGAGCAGGCUGCAGCUGCCCUGCCAUUGUAAUUAGACAGUGUGUCUCGGAGAGUGUAAAUCCCCACGUGCUGCCGGGAAUCCCGUGCCGCCGUGGGGGUGCUGUAAAGCCGCUCAGCUCCGCUAGGCACGCUCCGGCUGCCGUGACCAACGCGGUAAGGAAGGGAUCAGCGUUAGAGUCGUAGAGUUAGAGCCGUGACAAAUUACAUGGCUGCUAUGUACUUUUUUUCCACUUCAAUAUUCUUUUGUUAGUUUUUGACAGAGGAUUGGAUAAUUUCAUACUUGCAGGCUUUCUGUAGCAUUUUGUUACCCUGGAGUAGCUUAAGACCAUUCCUCACUAUGAACCUAGAAACGAUGGCUUGCCUGGGAGAGAGGAAGAAACCUCCCCUCUGCAAGCCCUCAGUCUGGAGUGCUGGUCAAGGGGCAGCACGUGUGUUUGGUUCUGAUCUUGAAGAUGCUGUGAUUGAUCCACGCUGAUUGUCAUUAAUCUUACGAUACCAUUGAUGAUACCAUUGAAAUAUUUUUGCACUGUCUUAAAGAAGCAUCCUGCUUUUGUUUUCUUGCAAAACAAAACACUGUCCUGAGCGAAGUAAUUGCAGGGAGGUCAGAAUUUCUGACUGAAAAUUCGUAAGCAGGAAGGUCUGGAAUGGUGAUUGCACCUGAGGUAUGUUUGUUGGAGGGUUUUUAUUGGGGAUAUUUUUGCUUUUCCAGCUGCCCUUGUGCUCUGGAAAGUGCA